AUGAAUUGCGUCAACUAUCUUCCCAGAUCCUCUGCUCUGCCUCGGUGGAGCUCCGAAUGCCGGCAGGGGAAGCCUUCAAUGAGGUCCUCCGCAAAUCUUGUGAACAUGACGAAUUCUCAUGCGCCACACCGUCGAUUCUCCUUGAAGGCAAUAUCUGGAUCAACAUCUAGUGCUAUGAAAAGUGAUGCAGAUGUGAAGGGUGAAGAAGGAAAAUCUGACGUUUACAGUCACAACAUGACAGAAGCGAUGGGUGCUGUUUUGACUUACAGACAUGAGCUAGGAAUGAAUUACAACUUCAUCCGGCCAGACUUGAUUUGUGGAUCAUGCCUACAGACACCAGCAGAUGUUGAUAAGCUUCGGGACAUUGGAGUUAAAACGAUAUUUUGCUUGCAGCAGGAUCCAGACUUGGAAUACUUUGGGGUAGAUAUUGGUGCCAUUCGGCAGUAUGCUAAGUCAUUUGAAGAUGUACAGCAUUUGCGCGAACAAAUAAGGGACUUCGAUUCAUUUGACUUGAGGGUGCGGCUUCCUGCUGUAAUCAGCACAUUAUACAAAGCUAUAAACCAGAAUGGAGGUGUGGCAUAUGUUCACUGCACUGCUGGACUGGGAAGAGCUCCUGCUGUGGUGAUGGCAUACAUGUUCUGGGUUCAAGGCUACAAACUUAAGGAAGCUCAUGAUCUGCUUUUGAGUAAACGCUCUUGCUUCCCGAAGAUGGAAGCUAUCAAGAGUGCCACUGCUGACAUACUUGCAGGAAUGAGGAAGAAGCCUGUGACUUUAUCAUGGAAAGAUGACAAUUUGUCUUCUGUGGAAAUUUCUGGACUUGAUAUUGGUUGGGGUCAGAGAAUUCCUUUGAGACUUGAUGCUGAACAAGGCAUGUGGAUUCUUGAAAGGGAACUGUUGGAAGGACGGUACGAGUACAAGUACAUCGUCGAUGGUGAAUGGACAAUCAACAAAAAUGAACUAGUUACUUCUCCCAACAAAGAUGGUCAUGUGAACAACUAUAUCGAGGUGAUCGAUGAUACGGAUGCUGAUAGAGCCGAACUAUGGAAGAGGGUGAUGAGUGACGAUCCCUACCUGACAAGGGCAGAGCGAUCCAAAAUAAGGCAGUUUCUUGAAUCACAGCCUGAGGAAGCAGAGAAUUGA